AUGCUUCUUCCACAUGGUGGACUCAACUGGAAGGCCGCAAAGGCCCAGAUGUCUCAGGGCAGAGUGUUACGUAGCAGUUUGACACGAUCACGUUUGCUUUUCCUAAUAGGCGUAACUGGCAUUGUCAUGCUGUUGUACCAUAGCUUUCGGGCAACACCUUCUGGGCCGCAAAACGUUCGCUGCUGGGGUCCGAAUAAGUCACCAAUGGAAAUGACACCGAACGAACACGCCUUAUGGAAUGCACACAUGCAGACGCCGGUCCUCUUCAACCACCAUAAGCCUCUCAAAGUCGAAUCUCCCUCGAUCGAACACAUUGACCUGAACCCGAUCACCUCAACCCCACAAGCAAUCACCCGAAAAGAACGAGUACUGAUUCUCACACCUCUGAAGGAUGCGGCGCCCUUCCUUAAGCACUACUUCAAACUCGUUGCUGAGCUCACCUAUCCGCAUCACCUGAUCGACCUAGCCUUUCUGAUAUCCGACUCAAGAGACGACACCCUUGCUAUACUCGCUUCCGAACUGGACCACCUACAAAAAAGGAAGGAUCAGGUACCAUUCAACAGUAUCACAAUCAUCGAGAAGAAUUUCAAUUUCCACCUAAGCCAGAAUGCUGAGCAAAGACACGGCUUUGACGUUCAGGCGCCGCGCCGCAAAGCUAUGGCAAAGGCAAGAAACUACCUCUUGACCACCGCUUUGAAACCAGAGCACUCAUGGGUGUAUUGGCGUGAUGUCGACAUCGAGGAAGCACCCAGACGAAUUAUUGAAGAUUUCAUUGCCCAUGAUCGAGAUAUUCUAGUACCCAACAUUUGGUUCCAUAGAUUCGAGAAGGGUGUCGAUAUUGAGGGCCGAUUUGACUAUAACUCGUGGAUUGAGUCUGACAAGGGCCGAAAACUUGCCAAUAGCUUGCCGAAAGACACAGUGAUUGUUGAGGGUUACAAGGAGUUCGAUACAGGACGCGAGUACAUGUGCAGACUGGGAGACUGGCGUGAAAACAAAGACGUAGAGCUCCAACUUGAUGGAAUUGGCGGUGUUAACAUUCUCGUCAAGGCAGACGUUCAUCGAUCAGGCAUUAAUUUCCCUGCCUAUGCUUUCGAAAACCAGGCCGAGACCGAAGGCUUUGCCAAGAUGGCUAAGCGGGCUGGUUAUCAAGUCAUUGGCCUGCCCAACUACGUCGUCUGGCAUUUCGAUACACAAGAAAAGGGAAGUAAUCUAUAA